AUGGCCGACUACUCUUCCCUCAAGGUGCCGGAGCUGAAGAAGCUCCUGGCGGAAAAGAAGCUGUCGCAGACGGGCAACAAGGCCGACCUCAUUGCGCGACUGCAGGAGGACGACAAGAAGACCGCUACCGCGUCGGCGUCGAAAGCCGACAAGCCGGCCGAGACCAAGGAGGACGAAAUCAGCUACAGCGACGAUGAGCCCGCUGCCGCUUCAAAACCUGCAAAGGAACAGGCAGCCAAGCCCGCAGAGAAGGCCGCUGCUGAGCCCGCCGCCGCCGCAGAAGCUCCCGCAGACAAGGACGAAGCCAAGCCCGCCGAGGAAUCCGGCGAUAAGCCCGCCGCCGACGAGGCAGAGGCCAAGGAGCCCGCGCCGUCCUUUGCCAUCGGCCUCUCGUCCACCACCGCCGACGAGGAGCUUAAGAAGCGCGUCGAGCGGGCCAAGCGCUUCGGCACGGAGCUCGACGAGGAGACCAAGAAGCUGGCCGAGCGUGCGAAGCGCUUUGGCGUUGAUGACAAGGAAGUGGCCAGCGGGCUCGACUCUGCGCUGCCCGAGAGGCCGCUGAAGCGUGGCCGCGGCCGCAACGAGGGCGACGGCAACAGGCCCGGCAAGCGACGCAGCCAGGACCGCAGGGAGCCCUCGGGCAACGAGAGGCGCAGCGGUCGCAACAAGGGCAAUCAGAACCAGGGCGGCAAGGCUUCGGGCAAGCCCAAGUUCAGCAGCAUCAUAGAGGAUCCUGCUGAGAAGGCAAAGGCCGAGAAGCGAGCUGCCAGAUUUGCUGCGGCGUAA